GGUGUCCAUUCCCUUCCCCUGCGGCUGCUGUCCCUUUGCUUCCUCUGAGUCCUCUCUCUGCAGAGAGCUAGGAAGAAGCCUCUUCCGAUGCAGGAAAAGGAGGCAGUUGUGGAUCUCUGAAGUGCCCCAGGACAGAUUCUGCAAAUUCCCCUUUUUUUCAACCCGGACAGCAGCAUCCAGCCUUGGCCACGCAGAGCCAGAAGAAGUUCCAUGCUUCAGAGUGUCCUGCAGGCCACCCCAUCUUCUCUGACCCCAAGAUGCAUUUCGGGAACUUCUCCGUCGCCCUCGCCACCGAACGCUCUCCUGAAGAGCUGGCUCCCACCAACGUCUCCACCAGGGACGCCUGCCUCCUCCGCUUCUCCAGCCAUCAGUUUUUGCUCAUCCCCGUGCUCUACUGUGUCAUCUUCAUCCUUGGGCUUGUGGGCAACAGCAUGGUCCUCACGGCCCUGUGUCGGCAGAGGAGCCCAAAGACGGUGGCCAACGUCUACAUCUUCAACCUAGCAGCGGCUGACCUGCUGGCCCUCGCCACCCUUCCCUUCUGGGCAGCCAGCUAUGCCAACGGGUACAACUGGGUCUUUGGCUCCCUGAUGUGCAAGCUGUCCGGCUCCAUCCUCUGCUUGACCAUGUUCGCAAGCAUCUUCUUCAUAACCUGCCUGAGUGUCAACCGCUACCAGGCCAUUGUCCAUCCUUUCCAGUGCCAGCAGGGGACUUUGAAACGGGCCUUCAUCGCCACCUUCGCCGUUUGGGGCCUGGCCACCUUGACGUCUCUGCCCACCUUCUGUUGGCGUGAAGUCAACUACAUCGACGAGCUGGGCGUCAACGCUUGUAUCAUGGCCUACCCCUCCGAGAAUUACGCCACCUGGUCGGCUGCCACAGCCUUAAUGAAGAACCUCCUUGGCUUCCUGCUCCCCAUGGCCAUCAUCCUUGGGUGUUACAUCUGCAUCAGGGUGCACCUGAAGAAGGCCCAGGGGUUCUCCAAAAGCAUGAGGGUCAGGGACCGGGUGCUGAAGCUGGUGGCCGCCGUGGUGGUGGCCUUCUUGAUCUGCUGGCUCCCCUUCCACGUCUUGACCUUCCUGGAUGCCCUCUCCUGGAUGGAGGUGAUCAGCAGGUGCCACCUCACCUCCGUGAUCGACGCGGUGCUGCCCUUCGGCCUCUCCAUGGGCUUUGCAAACAGUUGCAUCAACCCUUUAUUGUACUAUUUUGUGGGAAGUCAGUUCCGGGAUAAACUCCAGCAUUUAUUCAAGCUGAGCCUUUCCCGGUUCAACAGUGGCCGGGAAACACUUUCCUCCAGCAAAACCAGUUCCCUCAAGACUGUGGGCUCCUUGAAGGUGGCUAACCAGGAGGAGACACGGAGAGGCCACUGA